UUUUGUAAUACCGGAUCGCUGAAUAGGUGCGUCAUUGUGACGUAAGGCUGUGUUACAUCACUCUGUUCCCUUGCUUGAGCACGCAUUCUUGCAAAAACCGGCAGGAACCGAUACAGCUGCGCACCAGUUAGCGGAAAGCUACCAGAAUCAGUUUUUCAAGAUGAGCACAGUGGAUUACGAUGACAAUGAAUCCAAGCUGCUUAGGAAAGCGAAAGAGAAUCCAUUUGUCCCUGCAGGGAUGGCUGGAUUCUUUGGCAUUGUGGCAUACAGGCUGUACAAACUGAAGAACAGAGGUGAUACGAAGAUGUCAGUUCACCUAAUUCACAUGCGUGUGGCUGCUCAAGGGUUUGUGGUGGGAGCCAUGACUUUGGGAGUUAUCUACACUAUGUACAGAGACUACGUUCUGAAGCCUGCUCAGGCCCAGAGAGCGUUAGAGCAAAAGGCAUUAGAAAAAAAGUAAAGACUGUGAUGUACACGCACACAUUAACCACCUCAUAUUAAGGUGUCUCUUUGUAUUUAUUGCUCAAAUAAUUUAGGAUUUGUUUUUCUUAUUUAAACAACGAUAAACAUAUGAGGUUAGAUUUCACGUUUAUGUUGUCUGGUAUGUUUGAGGACAACAUUAUUUAAUAUUACUUUUAAAUGUAAACCUUGUUUGUGAUGGAAAAGUAAAGGUCAGCCAUUUUAAAUAAUUAAUCCAAACUACUGCUCAUCUAACUAAAUGUCCUUAAAAACUGAUGGUAUAAAAUGGUUGCUUUGUCUUUGAAAGCUUUUGGAUGAGUAUGGGAUAUAAAAGGCUUAUGGUUGUUGCCUUGUUAUUAUGCCUUGCCCUUGUUUUAAAAAAAAAGAGGUGUGGCUUUAAUGCCUUUACAUUUUGUGACCCUGUCUUUGAAAUCCAGUCUAAAGUCUUAUAAUCUAAUUGAUUUCACUCAUUAAAUUCACAUUAAUUUCAAUCUUUGACAUGACCUUACUCGGACGAUAUGGAAGUUAUAUAUGUUGACAGAAUGUUCUUUUACAUUAUCUAGGGUGACUUUAUGUACAAAACAGUAAAUCACCAUAAAUGACUUUACACUGGGUUUUCACAGACUUGGUCAUGUAUUUUUAGGUAGGUAUAGUAAGAAAAUGGUGCACAAGACAUAAUGUGGGGACCUCACUAUUUCUAAAUGAUUAAUGGUACAUGGUCUUUGCAGAUUUAGUGUUGCUUUAAAAAAAAAAAAGGUUCAUGCCAACUGUUUUACAUUUGUUUCAUUUUGUUUGUGUGAGGUGAGGAUGAGUGAGCAGAGUGUUAUUUUUUGUUUUGAAAGUGUAACUAAAUAUUGCACCUUAUGCUUACAUAUUUCAAAUAAAAUUCACAAAAUGUUCUUUUUAGAGUAAAUAUAUUUUGAGUAUCUCAGCUACCACUUUGUUUAUAUUUGUGAAUAAAAAGAAGCAAUUCAAAUAAACAUUCUUCUGUUUUUUUAUACUA